AUGGUAAGGAGGCUAGAGAUCCCACGAUUGAAGGGUCUUUUUACUGUUGGGUCGUGUUCGCCAAAAACUAGCGAGAACAUGUUUCUACUCGGGAGGAAUUCACCAAACGCGACUAAUAAUGGACAGAAACCUGCUGUUGUUAGUCGAGGUAAAUAUUACGUAUCAGAGCGCCUAGCUUUUCGAUGGAGUGGCAUAGAACCAAAACCAAAGUAAUUACAACUACCAUUCAGAAGUAAGGAAAUUGAAAAGCAUAUUGAAGCGAAACUAUUGUAAUCUCGAAUCACUUUAAGCACUCAAUUGAAAGUUGCUCCAACAGGUAUACCAUCUAUAUAUAUAUAUAUAUAUAUAUAUGUAUAUAUAUAUAUAUAUAGAUGGUAUACCUGUUGGAGCAACUUUCAAUUGAGUAUAUAUAUAUAUAUAUAUACACGAAGACGUUCAGGACAACCCUCAGUAAAAGCCUUCAAAGUUCUAGAUAACCUUUUAAUUUUUUUUAAGGUCAAAAGAGAUUGUUCUUAAGUCAUAAGCUGGGUUUCCUCUGCUAUUGUUUUGCAAUCUGUGAUUGCAAAACAGAGCGAAACAACGUUGUUGUUAACUUACAAUUUUAAUUCGUAAAAACCCCAGAUGGAGCACACGGAGGGCGUUUGGAAACUCAAUUUCGUUUUGUCUCUGACGGAUGCCAUGCUUGAGGUGAUCAGUGCCAGGGGAACACCUUUUACAGUGCUGACAGACUCUGUGGCCAUCCGACAAGUACGUAUUUUGUUGUUAUUUUUUGGCUGCCCUUGGUGAUUUGCGUAGUUGAACAGGUUAAAAGUCUCGCAUCCGUCUAUCAAUGUGACGGAUGAAUUGUUCGAUUAUUACAAAAAUUUUAAAUCCUUGUUCUCCUUCGUAACAAAUGUCGUAGCAAACGAAUAAAUACUAUAUUUUUCUCCCUUUCAGAACGAAGACCUCCUCGCAGACCAGAUUGGACUGAAAAGUGACGAGUUAAGGUAACAAAUUGGAUUUAAAUGAUAUAACUUGAUUUGAUUAGGUCUUACUAAUGAUCUAUUGGAGGACAGACGCAAAGAUGACAUCAUCAUUACCGACAUAUUGCAUUUUGAUUAUAUAAAACAAAUAGAUUCCAUUUCGCUGUGGGUCUGUAGAGUAAUAGAUCACAGAUGACGUCUAAGUGUUGUAAGAACAUCAAGGACACACUCGGCUGCGCCUCGUGUGCCACGUUUUGUUCUUUCUUCUCUUUGAUAUCAUCUGUGAUCUAUUACUGAACUGACCCAUAGUAAGAUGAAAUAUAUUUGUUAAGGGGAGGAUCACUGGAAUCGGAUUUGCAAAUACAGACUUUACCUUAUAGCGAAGUAUUUGGUUUUACUUAGAUGUGACUUAUUAAGGUUCAAACAUUUUGUAGGAAAAUGGAACAGCUGGUACUGUAUGUGAAAGCUCUACGAGCUCUUAAACUGUCUCUUCUCUUCGCACGAGGAGAAAUCAGAGUUGGCCACCUAAAAUCCUCCAACGCCGUUAAGAAUGGUGAGACAGAUAGAUGCUCUGAGGCCUUACCCUUUCCUACAGGUGCUUGUAACGAGCCUGAACGAAGCAUUAAGUUUUUCUAUUAUCUUUGUUUACAAUUUUCAGUUUUAAACGACUUGAACAGUCGAUAUCACCAGUGUUUGGAGACAUAUAUGCGUGAAAUCCUUUCGAGAAUUAAAUCAGCUUUCUGCAACAUAAUUGCUUUGGUUUUGCUACUGUUCACUUUGCGAUUGGCAAAACCAGGCAAAGAGUCAGAGCUUAUAUCAAUCGUGGCUUGGUCACUCGCGUUUCCAAGCUUCAGACGAGUUUCGUCCAUUUGAGCUGAAUUCUCGUGGGGCAUUUCAAAAUGUACCUUUGUGGAAUGGGUUGUUGUGAUGAAUUUCAUUUUGUUUCGGGGAAACCUCAUUACAAAGGGCGGGGCUCUAGGCUACGUACGUUCGAUUGAACUCUCCGCUCCUUUUCUGCACCCUUUGUUCUCCUUUUACCCCACCCCCCUCCGUAGCCCCUCCCCCCUCCCCUUCCGUCAGUAUUCCCUCGAUACUACUCAAUUCAAACUGUCUUGCUGGUGCUUUGUUUACAAACGCCUGGAGGUGAGCUGUGGCGAGGUUGCUUCUCUAUCCACUGCUUCAUUUGACGCAGAGUAAAAUACAUCUUAUAUCCUUCUCACAGGUCAGCACUGACAGACUCAUGUACCAUUACGCCAUGGAACAGGUA